AUGGAUCCAAUGGACGAAGACCCGGACGGCGGCCACCCCGGGCCCUCGCUGCCACCGCCCACGCCUGGUGGGACCAACCCUGCGCCAGCCCAUAGUUCGUCGUCGGCUGCUACUCCAUCGUCCGUCUCGGCGGUUGGUCCUGCUUCUCAGCACUCCGGCGUGUCCAAGAGGAGGAGAGGUCUUGGGGUUGUGACACCGAAUGCUUGCACCGAAUGUCGCAAGAAGCGUGCAAAGUGCGACGGGCAGAGACCAUGCGGUCGAUGUAAAACUCAGAAGGACGUGGAGUGUAUAUAUGAAAUCCCAGUCCGACAGUCCAAGGAGAACCUUCGAAACGAAAUAGAACAGCUCCGGAAGGCGCAGCGCUGCAACGACAAGGUCUUCACGGCUCUCACCCGAAGCGACCACUGGGAAGAUGUUCUCAAGCGGCUGCGAAAUGGCCAAAGUGUGGAAGACGUGUCCGAAUGGCUGCAUAGUCUUCACUCCCAGCAAGGGGCUGGCGCGCUUCCUCCCAUCAGCCGCAUCAUGGGCUCUGCGGGCGUUGGUUACGGCAGCGUGCCUCCGCGCGGACUGACUGGGUUUCCCGCUGGACCGUCGACCGGUUACAUGCCGUUAUCUUCCGCGUACCAUGCUGUUAGCCCGGUGUCCAGCCAUGCCCCGUAUAGCACUCAGCCUGAAGACCACCAGAGUCCUUGGGGCGGUCAUUUUUCAACCCAAAGCCACACUACCCGCAGUGAUUCGGCCCCAGACAUAAUGAACUGGAGCUCUUCGGAUACAAUUCGACCGUCUCACCACUCCCGAGUAGGGUCGUGGAUUGAAAGCCAGGGCACUGCUCCUCCUAAUCCUGCUCGAUUUCGGGGACUGGAUAGCGUCUUGAUUCCCGAUUUUGAAGGGAUACGGGUCCCGACGGCAACAUGGACCAACAUAACAUCAGACCCAGCCCUUGUUCAGCAUCUUCUGGCGCUGUACUUUUGCUGGGAAUAUCCCACCUUUGCGUCACUGAGCAAGGAGCAUUUUCUGCGGGAUUUCACCGACGGCCGGCCAAGAUUCUGUUCCUCCAUUCUUGUUAACGCGCUGCUUGCACUUGGGUGCAGAUUCUCGAGCAAACCAAACACUCGGUCCAACCCAGAUGAUCCCUACACAUCUGGAGAUCACUUCUUCAAAGAGUGUCAGCGCCUUUUUCAUCUGGAAACUGACCACCACAGUUUAACGACCAUCCAGGCCCUUGGAAUAAUGUCCAUCAGAGAGGCCAGCUGCGGGAGGGACUCGGAAAGUUGGUAUUACGCUGGCCAGAGCAUUCGUCUGGCUAUUGAGAUGGGGCUUCAUCGUGUGGAAGACGACGGCAAAGAUGACGACCUGGCUGCUGUCCAAGCAGCCACAUUCUGGGGGGCGUUUGCCCUGGACCACGCAUGGUCUUUGGCGACUGGAACUCUGCCUCAAUGCUCCUGCUUUCCACGGCUCCCGCCAAAACCCGCGAUUAUAGACGACAUUGAGGCCUCUCUGUGGAUUCCCUAUACAGAUGAUGGUAAGGGGAUCACCAUACCCGGACCACCAACAACCGAUGGAAGGCUAAACUCAACAUCAGGCACACCGCUCGAGAGGUCGUGUGAGCAGCCCUCGAAUGUACGGUCGGUCUACAAAUGUUUCUGCGAGCUCAGUGAGCUUGUUCACCAAUCCCUGUACAUUAUGCAUUCCCCUGGGCGGCCACUCACCAGCAAAGACCUGCUUGCUAUUUACACGCAGUAUUUGGACUGGUACGAUCGAAUACCGGAGGUUCUCCGCCUGGGCCACAACUUCACCCCGGCGGUCUUGUUUGCCCACAUGUACUACCAUUUUGCCAUUCUACUUCUGUUCCGGCCAUUGAUCAGGCUUCGUAUCAUUGGCUCGGGGGUCUCUCCCCGGGACGUGUGCUCCCAAGCAUCAGACGCCAUUUCUGGCCUUCUGCGCUCAUACUCGCAGCUGUACACGCUGAGACGAACACCCUCAUUUGUUCCCUACUUUGUACUUACCUCGUCAAUCAUGCAUCUUGCCAUUGGAGCGGCACGGUCAGAGGAGAGAAACAGGGCCCCUGAGGCCGGUGGCGAUCUUACCCAGUCUCUCAAGAGAGCGGCACAAAUAGAUCCCCGUGUUGCUGAUGCGCUCAGCCGCGGUAUUGCUGACCUGACAGAGAUGGCACCAUGUCAUCAUUUUGCAGAACAAGCUCUCAACAUUCUCCGGUUUCUUGCCAAAAAGUGGGACAUCAAUGUGGACAUACAAGUUGCUAAAGGGGAAGCGAAUGUGAGCGCGGAACCAGAGAUGAUCGAUUCAGCAACUCGCCCAUCAACAAGCAGCCUCAACUUUUUUGCCCCCAACUUCGCCAAGUCUGACUUCAACUGCACGUGGGGCGAAGGCGACGGAACGGCACCCGGAACAGGGAAGGGACAAGAGGGCAAACCGGCGGGCGCCGAGAAUACAUCCAGUAGCAUGGAGAAUCCUCUGUUCUGGCCCUUUCCAAUGCAAGGCCGUCCGAUGUUGGCCAGCGGGAAGGAAUUGGAGGAGGCAGGCUUCGAGCUGCUGUAA